AUGCUGAUCGAAAAGGAUGAUCUUCUAAACGAGUGGAUUCAGAAGCGAAUCGAAUCUUUGUAAGUUUUAACCUUAUCGAUAAUAUAAUAAUGUUUUUCCUGUUUUAUCAUGCAGCCUCUCAGUUUUGAAAUAGGGCUAUUUAUGGAUUGUUUAUGCAUUUCAAAGGGUUUGCGUCGUUAUUAUUGUAUAUCCACCUGUUUUGCAGGAGUGACGCCGAACCCACGGCUUUUGCCAAAUACGUGUUCACGUUGCUUCGGAAAGAUGCUAAUGUGGAGAAUCUUCGAAAGAUAUGUUCUGACAAGCUGAAUGUGUUUCUUGGGAACUGUAAGUGUCUUUUAUGUGCGAAACUUUUUAUAUUUAGAUCUUACACUUCAUUUCUUAAUUUUAGCUACUGAUGAAUUCGUCGACUCCCUGUUUGAUGCCAUUCAGAACAAAACAUACAUUAAGACCGAGGCAAAGCCCGACAUAAAGUCGGAUGAUAAUUCGGAGAACCGGGAAAAUGAUGAAAAGAAGGAUCGUCCCUCACGAAGGAGAAUAUCUCCGCCAGCUAGAGAUGAGAAAGAUGAUAGAGAACUCAGGAGGAGACGGUCAAGAUCUCCAGAUUCGAGAAGAAGGAGAAAUGACCGUCAUCGAAGGUCAAGGAGCAGAUCCCGAAGCCCUUACCGGUAAGGUCUUUGAAUUUUUGAUUGUGGUUUAGAUGAGGAGGAUGGUAUUAAAGAGAUGACAAAUGUAAUCACAAAUAUUUUUAGACGAGACCACCGUGAAGACCGUCAACGGCGUGAUCGAAAAGAAGGAGCCCCUCGAAAUGGCCAAGCCGCAGCUCCUCAACAACGAAUUCGUCGACGAUGCCGAGACUUUGAAGGUUGGAUUUUGGAGAGAGCGAGCGUUAUUACCUGACUUAAUAUCAUGUUUAGUAUAAAAAGCGCGAAAGGGGCCAGAAAAAGAGAUUUUAAAAGAUAAUGCAAGAGCCCGAAAAGAAAAAGAGUCGAGAAGACCAUCAUAGACAAGAAAAUUACAUGAAAAGAAUGUAAUAAUGCGAGAAUAAGAUAGAAAAGAAGACAUUAUAUGGGGGAAAUCCUCAUGCAAAUAUGAUACGGGGUCUGCUUGUACUUAUAUGAUUGUAAAGUAUUGUAUAUCCUUCCCCACCACUCCCUUCCCAACGCCUGUCUUCCUCUUGAUCCCAUUCUAUGAGAAUCCAUUGCAGAACAGGGCCUUUGUCGUCGUGGAGACACCUGUAUGUUCGACCAUGGCCCGGACCCGAUUGUCCUCGACGAUGGAUCCAUUGAAGCCUACCAGCCCGAGUUCAGGGGCGCCCCGGCCUCGGCCAACGACGCCUCCACGGCCCAGACCUCCGAAUACAACCCCGAGCAACCGCAGCUCGCGCCCAAGGUGUUCAACGACUUUUCGGUCCCCCCUCCACCCAUCAAUCUGGCCGCCCUGGGUGCGCCGAUCCCCUCGCCCUUCGAGAAUCCGAUGUCCGCCGUCGCCCAACAACAGCGAUUAGCAUUUAUGAGAGGUGGAAUGCCCGGAGGGCCUCAGCGAAGAGGCGCUUUCAUUGGUGGAAGGGGAAGGAAGAGGUUCAACCCGUACAGUCAGGAGAGGAUGCCGGUCAACAAGAGCACCACGCUAGAGGUAAGCGAGUUUUUUAUAUUUGAGUUUGUGUUCUAGCCUUGAAUUUGAAUUAAAAAAAAUUGAACUUUAGUUGAGGAAAAUACCCGUGGAAUUGAAUAAACUUGGCCCAAUUAACGACCAUUUUGGAGAAUUCGGGACCAUUACCAACAUUCAGAUCAGCUGGAAUGGGGAGCCAGACACGGCAUUGGUCACUUUUGCCAAACUCCCGGAUGCCCAGGCAGCCAUCAAGUCGGAGAAGGCGGUCAUGGAUAACAGAUUUAUCCAGGUUACUUGGCAUAAACCCGCACCACCACCUCCAGAAGUUCCGGCGAGCGAGAAUGUAGGUUGAAAAUGGUUUGGAGAUAGUUUUUAAUGUUGGGCACGCAUAUUGAUGAUGAUUUUAGAAGCCGUCGGAGGUGAAACCAGUGAUCCCAUUCCCGGCCCAAAAUCCCUGGCCAAAUCAAGUUCCUCAACUUCAAGCCGCCCAAGCGGCGAGAGAAAAGGCUCAGGAAAAGAUGCUUCAGAUUAGAAAAGAGAGGGAAACACAGGCCAAAUUACAGGAGGUAAGAGAUUUUUUGCAAUGGAUAAUAUAAUUUUUAAACAUAGGCUUAUGUGUGAUGAUUUUGUAUUUUAGUUGUUGGUCAUGAAAGGCAAGAUCUUCGACAAGUAUGUGGGUGAACUGAAGAAGGUCUACCAGAAGCUGACCGAAGAAAAAGAGCCCAGGAUCAAGACCGAGCUCAUUAAAUUGGCCAAUCAGAUCGAGGGACUCAUGAAAUCGACCAAGAAAGAGAUUGAGGACGUCCAUAAACAACUCACCGAACUUGCCGAAAAACACAAAAAAGGCGAACAAAAACCGAAAGAAGAACCGGAGGAGGAGCAAAAAGAAAAGAAAGAAUUGAAUGAGGAAGCUGUUCAUCGACUUUUGGAUGGAUCUGACGACGAAAAGAGCGAUGAAGAACACAACGAAGCCGGUGACAACGAAGGAAAAGACGCCGACGAAGCCCCUAUCACCGCCCAAUAG